GAGAUGACUGAUGGCGGAAAGGAGAUGACAGAUGGUGGGAAGGAGAUGACUUGGUGAGAAGUAGAUGACAGAUUGUGGAAAGGAGAUGACCGAUGGUGGAAAGGUGGAAAGGAGAUGACUGAUGGUGGAAAGGAGAUGGCAAAUGGCGGAAAUGAGAUGACAGAUGGUAAGAAGGAGAUGACUGAUGGUGGAAAGGAGAUUCCUGAUGGUGGAAAGGAGAUGACUGAUGGUGGAAAGGAGAUGACAGAUGGUGGAAAUGAGAUGAUUGAUGGUAGAAAGGAGAUGACUGAUGGUGGAAAGGAGAUGACAGAUGGUGGAAAGGAGAUGACUGAUGGUGGAAAGGAGAUGACAGAUGGUGAAAAGGAGAUGACUGACGGUGGAAAGGAGAUGGCAAAUGGCGGAAAAGAGAUGACAGAUGGUGAGAAAGAGAUGACUGAUUGUGGAAAGGAGAUGACUGAUGGUGGAAAGGAGAUGACAGAUGGUGGGAAGGAGAUGACUGAUGGUGGAAAGGAGAUGACUGAUGGUGGAAAGAAUAUUACAGAUGAUGUAAUGGAAAUGAGUGAUGAUAAUGAAGAAAUAGAGAUGACAAGUGCUGAUUUAUUUGCAGGGAAAAGAAAAAAACAGAUUCAGCAGAAAAAGUUACCUCGACAGGCUUCAUUUGCCAUUUAUGCGACCUCAUACCGGCGAGAGAGAACACUUCAGAUCCACAAUGACAAAUGCCAUCCAGUGGUCAACCAUGGCUAGGAUGAAGACUUCAUGCGACGAAUGUUCAGAUGACAG